CCCGGCCACUACGGGUGUCCCCGGGGGAGGCAGCUGCACUGGUGCUGGGGAGAACGUACCUCUCUGGAGGAUUGGAGUUCCUGCGGGCGCGCCGGGCUUGUGGCACGGGGCAGAGAAUCCGGUUAUCAGAGCCGUGGCCCCGGCGCUGACCUCUUUUUUUCCCUUCCCGAUUGCAGCGUCCCAGACGCGUGCGUGCGUCCCCCAUGGCGGAUACGGCCCCGAACGGCCCCCAAGGGACGGGCGCAGUGCAAUUCAUGAUGACCAAUAAGCUGGACACGGCAAUGUGGCUUUCUCGCUUGUUCACAGUAUACUGUUCUGCUUUGUUUGUUCUGCCUCUUCUUGGGUUGCAUGAAGCAGCAAGCUUUUACCAACGUGCUUUGCUGGCAAAUGCUCUUACCAGUGCUUUGAGGCUGCACCAAAGAUUACCUCACUUCCAGUUAAGCAGAGCAUUCCUGGCCCAGGCUUUGUUAGAGGACAGCUGCCACUACCUGUUGUAUUCACUUAUCUUUGUCAAUUCCUACCCUGUUACAAUGAGUAUUUUCCCAGUCUUGUUAUUCUCUUUGCUUCAUGCUGCCACAUACACAAAAAAGGUUCUUGAUGCAAAGGGUUCAAAUAGUUUACCUCUGCUGAGAUCUAUCUUGGAUAAAUUAAGCGCUAAUCAACAGAAUAUUCUGAAAUUCAUUGCUUGUAAUGAAAUAUUCUUGAUGCCUGCUACAGUUUUUAUGCUUUUUAGUGGUCAAGGUAGUUUGCUCCAGCCUUUUAUAUAUUACAGAUUUCUUACUCUUCGAUAUUCCUCUCGAAGAAAUCCGUAUUGUCGGACUUUGUUUAAUGAAUUGAGGAUUAUUGUUGAACAUAUAAUAAUGAAACCUGCUUGUCCACUGUUUGUGAGAAGACUGUGUCUCCAGAGCAUUGCCUUUAUAAGCAGACUGGCACCAACAGUUGCGUAGUUUAAUAUCCAGCUAAGUUAUACAUAAUAUAAACAAGCAUUAUUUGCAGCUGGUACUUCUUCUGCUAGGGGUUGUUAAUUCCAGGUUUAAAAUUGACCUCGAUCCAAUUUACAUAAUUUACAUAAAUGCAUAUUAAUGAAAAGUGAUAAUUUUCCUGGCAUGUUAAAUCAAGCCUUUUUGAAAGUUUCCAAGAAAAUUUUACUGUGCUGUGUCAUUAAUGGUUAAGGAAAUUUUUAUCUUGUGAAAAAUGUAUCAAUUUUUUUUAGAUGUUGCUGUGCCUUUAUCAUGAAGUACAUUUAUUUCUCUUGUAAAAAUAGGUCUCAAACUUGUUUUAAUCUAAUUGGUGACCUGAAUUUAUAUCUGGCAUGAGUUCGUUAUGGCAAUAUUAACAUAUGUGAAUUCAGUAUAUUUUGAGACAGUAUUCUUUUGCAUUUACGAAUUUUGGUUGAUGAUUUUAACAGAAACUUCCCACUGUAUUUGAUUUCAAAUUGUUAUUAAAUUGAUUUUGUGUUGCUUUGUUAGGACAGAUUUAUUUUGCAUGAGAAAAUCUAUAUGUCUUAAGAACAGUUUUAUUUCUAUAACUAUUUCAGUGGCUGUGAAUAUUUUUUUUAAAAGGCUCCACUAUAAGCUUGGUAGCCAAUUGGGUAAAUAUUUGGGGUCCCUAACCAUUUUACAUCAGAAAUCAGUAGUCAUACAACUUUCCUUUCAGAGAUCCAUUGAGUAAUAGUUCUCAAAUAGGAAAUCCUUCUUUUACAAGUAUGGACACACAAGUUACUAGUAUUAGUAUUAUAGUUUAUAGAAUUACAUAGAUCAGAUUCUUGACUAUCAAUUUUCUUGGUUUCUUAGGCUUGAAUUUUCAUAGACAAUUACAGUAGUUCAAUGCCUUUUGAAAGGAAUGUAACUGAAGACUGAGCACAUGACUACUUGUUUCUGUUCUGAAAUAAAAAGGAAGUUAUCGUGCAGAUUACAUACGCAUCAAACCUGAUUUCAAAGGUUAAAUGGAAAGGUAUAUAGGUAAGGUAAUUGAUUAGGAAUGGGGCUGGAGGAGGAGUUUUAGAGAAUUAGUGUACACUUCAAUUUAUGCAUAGAUAAAUUUGGGGGAAUUGGAUGUAUUAUGCAACUGUGAUUUGAGUUGUAUAUUAUGUUAAAUCCUGUUGAGCUUGACCAACUCCUUUACAAAGAUUUUUUUUGGUAUUUAUUACUGUUGCAUGAUUGGAAAUGUUUAAAACAUUGCAAAAAUUUUAGUACAGUGUAAUGUAAUGGUUUUUAUAACCAAUUUUCUUCUGUCUGCAUGUAAUUUGGAUUUCUCAAAUACAUUCAUUGGUUACUCAUCAGUCACAUCAGUCUUCUUUUUGUUCAACUUUCCAAUCUAUAGAAUAUGAUAUCUACUUGAUAGUUUAGCUGUAAAAACAACUAUUUUUGUAAUGUUUUUUGACUAAGAAGCAGCCUCAUAAUAUACAGUUUAUUUUGUGUGUGUGUGUGUGUGUGUGUGUGUGUGUCUAGCCUCAUUAUCACUAUAUAUGCAAUCUGAUGAUUUUGAGAACUAAAUUUUUUAGAGCAAUAAAAUGACUAUGUUAUGUAAACAGUA